UCAUCGAAAGAAGCGUUAGGCAAGCAAAAUGGCGUGUUACUGAAAGAUUCAUGUAUUUUACAUUCAUUGCAAAUGGUCAAACAUUGUCAUCGUUGUAAUCGUUAGAAUCAUCUGAGUGUAGUGAUUUUGUGUUAUAUCUAUUAAUUAUAUUCCGAACUCCAUCAUGGGUGCAUCAGAUUUGGAAGGUCCUGAGUUUAAGGGAGAACAUUUAGGGUUAGACUCAGAUAUAGAUGGACUAAUUGAUCAAAGAAAGAAGAAAAAGAGGAAACAUAAGCAUCAUAAGCAUAAAAAAGAUAAAUUAAUUGAACGAGAGGAUGAGCGAAGAGAGGAAAGACAGGAAAGACGAAAGCAUAAGAAACAUAAGAGACAAAAGAGAGAGAGGGACAUAGAGAAUGGUGCUGUAGAUGAAAAAUUAAUAUCCAACGUGGUACAUAAAGAAGUUGGUAUGAAUGGAAAAGCCAAGAAUUCUGUAUUGGAGAUCCUUUCUACAGAAGAAAGUGAAGAUGAAAAAUUGGUUGAUUUAGAUUCAGACGAAGUAGACUGUACAAUCAUAGAAGAUGAUAUCGACCUUGAAGAAUUAAUGAAACAGAAGGAACGGCUGCAAGCAUGUUUGGCAAACGUUCAAUAUCUGUCCGAUGAAUCGGAAAAGGUAGAUGAUAAGGUUUCAUCGCGAGAAGAAGAAGAAACGAAGACAGCGACGGAGACACCCGAUGUGAUACUGGUAGAAGACGAUAGCGAUACCAACGAUGUACCACCGAAGAAACGAGCUAGAAGCAAAUCAGGCAGCAGAGAACGUAAGAAAGUGAUAAAGGCCGAAAGACGUGUUGUAGUUGAUAUGACUAGAGACAGAAAAAUUCGCGAGCAACAUAAAGAUAAGAGAAGAGAUUUUGAUAGGAAAAGAGAUGAGAAAGUCCGUCCUAGGGAGGAAGGAAAAAGGGAAGAAACACGAAAAGAUGAUAGAUCUUCGCGAAGAAUCAACGAGAGGCAGAAAGAAGACGCAAGAAAGGACGAAUCUAGCAAAAAACUGGACGAAGACCAGCAGAAACGCAAAGAUGUCACAAAAAGGGAUGAGGCACGUAAAAGGGAAUCGGACAGACGGGAAGAUAAUCGAAAACGGGAACCUAUUCGCCACAGUUCAAAAACUCAUAACAACGAGGCAAAAGUCUCGGAUAACAAGAGUCGUGACAGAUUAGGUAGUCGCGAGCGUCAAGAUAGUCGAGAUCGACACAUUAGUCACGACCGGCGUAGCCGCGACAGACCAUCGAGCAGGGAACCUCGUCGACACGCCAGCCGCGACAAAAGAGAUAGCAGGAGUAAAGAUCGGCAUGGAAAUAGAGAUAAACAUGAUAGUAGUCGCGAUCGACGAGACAACCGCUAUCACGACCACCGCAUCGGCGAUCGGUCCCGCAGCACCGUAAGAAGAUCUCGCAGUCCUACCCGAAUGAGAUCGGAAAGAGAAAGAAACGAUCGAUACAGAAGAUCCAGAUCUCUUUCCCGGAGUCGCAGGGAUAGAGAUAAGCAGCCAAUUAGGGACCAUGGUAGAGAUCGCGAGAGAGAUAGAGAAAGGAAUAAUAAAAGAGAACGUAACGAUAAAUAUAAGGAUUCUUUAUCGGAGGGUCUUAAGGUAGAACACUCGGAUAGUUCGAGCGAAGAGGAUAUCAAAGAUAUCGAUAUAGAGGAAGAAGAAGAUGAGGAAGCAAUUAUAGAACGUCGACGGAAACAAAGAGAAGAAUUGCUCAAGAGAUUGGGUGGACCAAACGAAGACUCCAAUAUGUCUGGCGACGUGAACGUCGCCUCUGGUUCUCCGGAAAGCCAAUCUAAUAUAUCACAAAAGUCUAUAGAAGUUCCAUCCAAUAAUAAUGAAUCAGUUUCGGAGAGUCACACCCCACCACUGCCCACAGAAAAACUCGAGUCUCCGCAAUCAUUGAUCAUAAAACGAAAGUCUAGAUUCGAGGAUGCGCCACCUAACGAAUCUGACAAGCCGGCGAACAAAACAUCCGAACGGCUUAAACAAGAGGAGAAACAAAAUUCAAAGAAAUCCAACGAAUGGGACAUGUUCGCAGAAGCAGAUAAUAUAGGCGAUUUUAAUAGCCCGACAGUCGAAGGAAAACGUCAAGGAGGACCAGACAAUCCUAGCUUGACAGAUAACUGGGAUGAUGCCGAAGGAUAUUAUCGUGUACGCGUUGGCGAAACACUCGACACACGAUACGUAGUUUACGGUUACACGGGACAAGGAGUAUUCAGUAAUGUCGUAAGAGCGAGAGAUAGUGCUAGAGGAAAUUUGGACGUAGCUGUGAAAAUCAUCAGAAAUAAUGAAAUAAUGCAUAGAACUGGUCUAAAAGAGUUGGAGAUUCUUAGGAAAUUGAAUGACGCAGAUCCAGAAGACAGGUUUCACUGCUUGCGUCUUUUUAGGCACUUUUUUCACAAAAAUCAUUUGUGCAUGGUUUUUGAACCUUUAGCAAUGAAUUUAAGAGAGGUUUUAAAAAAAUAUGGCAAAGACGUUGGUUUACACGUUAAAGCGGUAAGGUCGUAUACGCAGCAACUUUUUCUAGCACUAAAAUUAUUAAAACGUGCAAAUAUUCUGCAUGCUGACAUCAAACCGGAUAAUAUUCUAGUCAGUGAAAGCAAGCUAGUGUUGAAACUCUGUGAUUUCGGUUCUGCAUCGCACGCCCACGAAAAUGAAAUAACACCGUACUUAGUCUCGAGAUUUUAUCGGGCACCCGAAAUUAUUCUUGGUAUACCCUAUGAUUUUGGCAUUGACAUGUGGUCCGUGGGGUGCACCAUAUACGAACUGUACACGGGAAAAAUAAUGUUUUCUGGAAAAACAAACAACCAAAUGUUAAAGUACUUCAUGGACCUAAAGGGCAAAAUGCCGAAUAAGCUAAUUAGGAAAGGCACGUUCAAGGAUCAGCAUUUUGACACUAACUGCAAUUUCCUGUAUCACGAAGUUGAUAAAGUGACAGAACGGGAAAAAGUCGUCGUAAUGUCGACACUGCCAGCGACUCGCGACCUUAAUACGGAACUCGGUGGAAACUCCCUGCCGCCGGAACAAAGCCGCAAAGUCGGACAACUGAAGGAUCUGUUGGAGCGCACGCUAAUGCUGGAUGCGGGGAAGAGAAUCACUGUGAAUCACGCUCUGGCGCAUCCCUUUAUACAAGAAAAGAUAUAGGUAACCCUGCCUGGGGUCCUUUAGCAUCGAAGAAUUCACUGACGUAACUUUGUAAAGUGAUGACGUUAACGAUCCUCCCUGAUUAAUGUUAAACGUUCCAGAUUACUUGGUAGGAGCGCGAUUGUCUCUCUAUCUCUCUAUCUCUUUCUUUCAUUCUCGUCCCCCAGCUACCCUUUCCCCUUGCCUAAAUACUUUCAUUUCUACACAUAGGAUACCCAUGUUUAUUUUCGCAGGAAGAGGCGGUGCAAAAUUACGAAAUUGUCUCGCGCACGACGAGAAGUAUAUUAAAAGAAAGCGUAGUUCUAAAAAUAAUUAAACACAAAUUAUUGCAUAAUAUAUCAUUCAGUUGCUCGAAACGUUGUACUCCAUCCAAUUCGGAAACGUUGCUUACUUGUCACUAUUGUGAGAUUAAUAGAGUAUCAUAUUUUUAUACUUAUAUAACAAUUAUAUAUAUAUGUUAUAUAAUUAUGUGUAUAUAUACACACAUUAUGCAUAUAUAUAUAUAUAUAGUAAAUAUAAUAACAUAUAUAAAAGUAAAUUAUUAUGUAAAUGACGUGUCUCUGUAUAGAUUAGAGUCUGUUGUUGCAAUCUGGAAAUAUUUCGUCGUAUUAAUAAUUUUUUUUCGAUAUAGAGUAUAACGAUUCGAUCUACGGAUAAGUGUCUUCCUGUUUAGAACAGAGAUUUUAAACAGAAGUCGAACUGUUGGUUUCCUUUUGGUUACAUUAUGCUUUCAUAAGCAAAAUGAGGAUAAAAUGAUAAAUUGCAACGACCGCCUCUUUCGGCUGGUACUGAGUAUCGGAAAAACUUAGCAUAAUGAUGGUACGUAGUGGUUCCCUUUUCUCGAUUCAUAUGACUUGGAGAGUACGACAUCCUUACAAAUAUCAUCCUUCAUAAAUGAUUAUAGAUCACGCGCUCGUAUGAAAUUGUACGUUAUCAAGAAGGUUUGAUAUAAAGAACUGUAUAAGGCCCUUCGGAUCACACACUGCUCGAUCCGUUUUAGAGUAUUUCAUCGGCGACAUACGUGCACACACAACAUUAGAAGCCUUAGCGGCAAGGAGACUUGUUCUGAUUGGAAUAUAAGCAAAUUGUAUAGUGAACAGGUCAGCUAUUGAAAUAAAACUACACAUGCUUAACACAAUGAGAAGAAAGUCCUGCAUUUUGUCUUUUCAGUCUUAAAUCAUGAGUAAAUACGUCCGAAUAUGUUUCUUACAGAUGUAUUUCUCUUUCUCUCUCUUUCUCUUCACUUUCUCUUUCUAUCUUUUUCUCUCCGUUUCUCUCGUUUUCUUUGUUCCUCUACAUCUUUUUUGAAACUUAAGAAAGAUUCUUCAGAGAUAAAUGUGUUUAUAAGAUCCCAUUCUAUAGCGAUAAUAUAAUAUCAUAUGAUAUAUAUAUAUAUAUAUAGACAUAUAUAUCUAUGUAAAUAUAUAUGUGUAUAUAUAUAUAUUUAAAGCGUGCAUACGUUUCCGGCCGACGAUGUGUUUUAAUAUCUAUUAGGAAUAUAUUAAUAUACACAUAUAUUGUGAACAUGUGGUCGUAUAUGCGAUGAUCGAAAGGAACGUUUACCCAACGUUUCGAUUAUUAUAUAUGUAAUAAUACGUAUUUGAAUACUAAAUAGAGGUGAAAGUGUAUAUAAAUAUUUGCACUGCGACACAAAGUAUAAAAAUAAACACUACUUUUAAGGUGCUACGUGCAAGAUAAUGAGAAAUUAUCAAAAUAUAGCGUAGUAGAGCAAUUUUGUUUUAAGUGAGAGUCAUCGUCAUUGCAGGUGUGACACUGUACUCAUUGAUAGCGCCCAUUUCUUAUACUUGUUAUGGUCGUUCAAUCAAUCAGAUCAAUUUCUAAAAUGAAGAAUUUUGUAAUUUGACAUUUAAACCGAAUAUAUAUGUCGGUACUAUUGUGAAUGGUUCACGACAUGAACGUUGAACGUGACAAGAUUGUACGAGACUGCUUAUGUUUCAGAUGAGUCUUCGAUUCAAAUCAUCGUUAAGUGCGGCCGGACCUUUCGAGGGCCUUUAGCGCCGAUCCCGUUACAAGCCCUCCCUGUGAGGAGGGGAGGCAAUGGAAGAGGUGAUGAAAACAAUUGAUGAGGAGGAAAGGAAAAUAUGCGAUAGACUUGCGCCUACAUCGUGUCUACUGCAUAAAAAUACAUGCACUGUCGCUAAACAGUACAACAAGGUUUAUACGACGAUUUAACUAGAUUUAUAUCCGCGCGCUAAGGUUUGUCUUAAAGUUACUUGAGAUCGCAGUCGAGGACUCGUAAGUAUGUACGCAGGUAAAGUAACAUGAUUAUUAACAUUUCAAAAGUUACCAUAAUAAGAAUAAUGAACACUUGUACCUCUGUUUUCAAAAUUGUUUUACUUAGAAAUUAAGUUUUUACAACGGAAAUAUUAAGCUAAGUGAUACUAAUAUUUGCGGUUUUGAGUUUUCAGAUUUUUAAAGACUACACAUCCUCUAUGAAAGCGAAAAGCAGAUGCGAUAAUACUAUUACUCUCGAAAAACUUUCUAUUCAUCUAUCUCUUUCUUUUCAUUCUUCUCUCAUCUCUUCAUUUCAGGACUCUUAAAAAACUCUAAAAAAAAACAUGUAGAAAUAAUUUAAUGUGAAUAUAAUGUGAAUAAAAUUUACUAAAAUCAUAUAAAGAGACCUCUAUAUACACAUAUAUAUAUAUACUCACACACACAUACACAUACACACUUGUUUCCUUAUAGUAAAAAUAUUUAUUUGUUGACUCUUGGAAGGCGAGUAUGCCUCGGGUAAAAAUAUAAUUUACAAUAUACGAUACAAAGUUUAGUGACUUAUAAAAAAUAUAUGAAAUAGAAUGCAUUCAGUUUAGACAUUAGCGUAUGUAUUUAGAAAUUUUUAUAAAAAUUCUGUAUGUACUGUUUAUGAAUACAUACAAUGUAAUAAUUAUAUGUACAAAUAAUAAGUGCGACACUGUGUUUAAACCUCAUUAAAAUCAAUAUAUUUUCAUAUAACUAAUAAAUAAUUUUGUAAAUGGUUCCUCUUAUAUAUAUAUAUAUAUAUAUAGUUAACCGUUUACAUGAAUAAAUACAUGCAUACUGAUAUACAAUAUUGGUUUUAAAUCUAAUAACUUUAUUAUAUUAUUACUUGUUUUCUGGUUCUAUAAAACCUAAAAGUUCUAAAGAUUGUAGAGAUUCCAUCACAAUAAUUUCUAAAAUCAUAAAAUUGUAUAUAACUGUUUUUUACAGUAAUAUAAUUUUAAUUCCAAUUUCUUACUUUUAUUUAAUGAUACUUGCGAUAUAUUCAAUUAUCUAAUUUGUCACUUAUGCAAAACGUAAAUUUUCAUUUGCGUACGAAACUUUCAGGCCUCUCAGUCUCGCGUCGGAUAAUAUUGAAUUAAUAUUUGGGAAAGUUCUUGAGCUAAUUCUGUCGAUGAUGCACACAGAGUUCUUCUGCUCAUCACGUCGAACGGACCUCCUGUCGCGGACCUGGAUCUAUUGAUACACCGCCGGCUUCUCGCACUAUAAGAUCCCCGGCUGCGACGUCCCACGCGUGUAUACCAAAUUCAAAGGAGAUAUCGGCGCCACCGAGAGCCACCAUGCACAUAUUCAAAGCCGCCGAACCGAGCGAUCGUAUUCUGCAACGUAGAUCGAUUUCUUCGUUAAGUCAUUCGUUGCAAAAACUUAAUCCGCAAAACGAGACUUACCCAUGAACACGUGAAAGAGAACAAAUUACCUUUCUCGCCGGAUACGCGAAUCGGAGCGCCAUUGAGAAAAGCGCCUUGAUUUUUACGGGCGGUAAAAAAUUGUUCUAGGAUCGGAUUAUACACUAUUCCUAUCUCUGCUGUUUUAUUAAUGAGUAAUGCAACCGAUAUGCAUGUGUGCGGUAAGCCGUGAACGAAAUUCAUCGUUCCAUCGAUCGGAUCUAUUAUCCAUGUUGGCGCAUCCGUUAAUAUGAUCUUCUGACCUGAAGCAGCGGACUCUUCGCCGAUAAAUCUGUAGUAACACCAAUAAAAUGCCGAACACUUUGACGAUAAGCUGAUAAGAUAGAGGAAUAUAUCAUCACUGUAUAACGGCUACACGAAAAAAAAAACAACAGCUUGGGAAUCAUGGUCUUCUUUGCUGUUUGAAUUCCCGCAACAUUACUCGGAUUGUAUACAAAUUACGCGCGCAGCCGCAGUCUUCUCAUCGGCAGACCACAAUUGAGACAAUCAUGCAGCGUCUUACAGGAAAAUUAAGGAUAUCAUCAUGCGUAUUAUUCAUGAUCGGUCGUAGACAAUCGAUAACUAUCCGCCUGCAUUAGACAAGUCGAGGAGCUUAUAAAGCGACAUACGAUUAGAAGACAUAUAUUGCGACAGCGCGUAAAAUCGAUAAACCUUGUUGACACAAGCGCAUUCGCGUCCACGAGAAAAGAAAAGUAAAUUAUUUAAACAAUUGUCUUACCGAGCCAGCCUGUUUCACAAGCCGUAAAAUUUCGACGUAACACUCGUCGAUGUUCGACAUGAUUGAUUGAAUCACGAAGUCGCUUUUGUGUUGGACGAGUGGCGUGUCCGUCAUGUGCACGCGCGACGAUACACGCGAUCACGCUCGCGCGCACAAACUGGCUCGCUCUCUCUCUCCCUCUUUCUCUCUCUCUCUGUUUCGCGGAUGCGCUCAUACCGACUCUCGACGGAACGUAAACGCUCCGCUGUGAUGACGUAACAUCACGUCAAGCUCCGUGGCUUUUAAACGGCUUCGACGGCAUGUAAUGUGUAAUCGCAUAUACUAUGCCAAUAAUAUACCGCGCCUCAUCUUCCGCCUAUUUUGUGUUAAUCGCAUUCGAAUCAAUUAUCGCGUGGUUCGCAUCCCGCCACGUGGAAAAAGCGAACAGCGGAGCAAUAAAAGACGCAAGCGAGAGAACAGUUUCGCUAAAAAUAUCGACUAUUUUCAUUAGUGAUAGAGAGGAACGGAAAGGGAGGCAAAGACGAAAGAAACGAGAUACACUCUUGAACGUUUAACAGAACGAUCGUGAUUAUAACAUACUCUUAAUAUAUAUACAUAUAUGUCUUUAGUUAUAGCCAUAUUUGUUGCUUACGUUUUGUUCGCUUUUAUAUCUACAUACAUGUACACGUAUUAUAUCACACCUAAAGUUGUUUGUUGUUCCGCGAGGAAUGAUAUGUAUGUAACGUGCCUCACGAAGGAGGCACGAGGCGACUUUCAUUUAUAAGUACGUACACCUCAGCCGCGUAUUUUCUUUCAGUCGUGUCUUCUUCAAACGGUAAGAAGAGGUAUUACUUUUGUCUUAUCUGAAUCUUGUCAUAGAAUACAUGACUGAAAGGCAAUAUGGUAGCGGCGGUGGACACCCUGUAUGUACGUAAAUAGUUUCUCUUUAUCUUAUUUAUCCAAAUUACAGAGAGCAGAAUAUCAUUUUUUUACGGUAUAUCCGCCAGUAAUAACACAUAUACGUAUCAUGUAGUUAUGUGUGCCACUUGUUUCUUAAAUAACGAUCAUUAAUAAUUGUGCAAUCAG